AUGCUCCUCUUCACCUCUGCGGUGGUUGCGGUAGAUGUGAGUGUUGGCUACGCAACAUGCGGCACAACCAUACCAAUUGAUAGUCAGUGGGUGACAGCUCCUGUCUGGUCACUGCAGAAGGUGUCAUUUGGUAAACUCUCACGUUAUAAUGAUAUCAUUGAAACUGAAAUGUUACUUGCAAAAAUUCCAGUAAGUGAUGCUGUGGCAAAUGUAUUACGUUCCGAGGCAGGUAUGAUUUUAAAUAACAUUAUUGUAUUUGAACUAAAUCCAGAACGGUAUGUGAUAAGUGGCUGUAGUUUCUUCUGGGAUCCACUAAAAGCAGGAUUAGAUGGUGUAGAGGCGACAACAGCACGUGUACUCGCAUUUGACUCACAUAGUACAACACAGUCAUGUUCAAACACAACAGGUGUUGAAAUCAUUACUUCAUCAACUAGUAAAUCAUCACAAUUCAUUCCAAUAGGUACUGAAGGAGGUGUGGCACAUUCACUUAGUUUCUCAACGAGAAAGAUCAAAUGGCCAGUCACUUUUCGUGUACCAUCCAAAUGUACUGUUCGUAUGCUCUUACUAUUAGAUAGAGAGGGAAGCAUACAUCACUGGUAUGUAUGGAUACCUGCUACAGCGUAUACAGGAGUUACAGUAUUACUAGUUAUUGCCAUAACAGUUUAUCCUCGUGAUAUAUCAAUAGGAAUAACUACCAUAGUGUUUUUUUUCAUUUUUUUGGGUUAUGUGGGAAGUUGUGUAGGUCUUGUAGUGGAGGUGGUGGCUUGGCAGAGUGCUAUUGGGCGUAUGUUUCCAUUCCCUAAUGCUGUUACUCUCUAUUGUUGCCUCUCAGUAUUUUAUCUUAUUUUACUAACAUUGCCGUUGAUACGAAGACCCCACCGUGGUAUUUUAUUUCAUGCUAUUCUUCGUUUUGCCGUUUAUGGGGCGAACUGUGCCUUAUGCUGUGGAUACUGGAUUGCUGGGUAUAUUGUGCUUGGAUCUCUAGCUCUGCUGCAGUUCGUAUUAUCCAACCUUAUUUUGACAGUAACAUACUCUUACUUUGUUCAGAUACUUGAACGGGCUGGUGUAUGUGCGGAGUAUCUUACUACUGCCGUUGGACUUUUAUGGUUUGCACCCAUCACACCUUUUGCCCCAUGUGUCUUAAUGUAUAGUGAUCUUUACAUUAUUGAAGGAAACAGUCGUUCCAAUCCACAUAUUGCCUCAAUUGUAAAGGAAGCUGUUGUAUUAUACAACGCCCUAACUUCCUCUCCAUUUUUAUUUUUGCAGAAUAUUUGGGGUAUCGCUUUACUGGUAACGGCAACAGUAUACCAUAUGCCAUUUGCGAUUCUCCUUUUUGUAUUACUUUUGUUUGCUAUUGUACAUGUUGUGUUAUCUGUACAGGAAUACAUUAGAGCGCACCGUAGAUGGAGUCGCUGCGUAGAUUUAGAGACAGUAGAAAGAAUGUACUCUUCUCCCCACCGCCAUAAUCGUUCUUCUUCUUUUUGUUGUUGUUGUUCACGGUGGUGUUUCCUUUGGUUAUCACUAGAACACGUUAUGCGUAGUGCCCGUCACCGUGCUUUGAUUGAGGAGGAUAAUACUAGAAGAUGUUUAAUGAGUGUAACUGAAUUAGAUAAUAGACCAGUACGGGUUUCUACCGAUGUAGCCUUUAAUUCUUGUGAUGAGACAGUCAUGAGUAGUGGCACACAAUUUCCUUCACCCGACCACAAUGGUAAUGAACAGGAGAGAACUGAGGGGAAUGCGUAUUGGCCAACCAGCGUUAGUAUGUAA